AAUUCUGCAAGUAGUUCUAAUUUACUAUCGCUGUUCUCUAGCUGGUCUAAAACCGCUUUUGACCUAAAGGGACGCUUUUUGGACACCAUGGACGUUUCUCAGUUUCCAGACAGAAAGAACAGUAAAAAUGCAGGCAGGGCACAGGACAAAGCAGUAGGGACAAAAUGUAUGUGAAAUGGUUUGAUACAUGUAUUGAGUUAAUGUCACCAUAUGUCAUUUUCAAAUUUCCCGCUGUUCUGUCCCCCGUACGUCCCGACGGAACCCAGAUGACAGAUGCCGGCAUCCGCUAGAUUACACUGCCGGGGACACUGCAGGGGGGACAU